ACAAUACGCUCUGUUAUGCUCUAUAUCAUCUCAUGAUCUGUCGAUUACAACAAGAGGAGAAAAUGUUUAGAAAAUAUCUUAAUGCAAAGUACAGAAAAAGAACAAAAGAUAUAUAUGUAUGCCAGACUAGUAAACUGUACGAUAUUAUAGGAUGAAAAAAAAUCAAUUUACUAAUUUUUUAGACACACUGUCAAACCUAAUUAGUUUAAUAAAUGACCAUUUACAAGAUAGCCGUCCUGAAAGUGCGAAGUCCAUUUUUCGAAUUAGUAAUUGACUACAUUCUCGAAUCAUCAUCAUGAUGUUGACUAAUUUUUGUCAUAAAAGUAAUUUCCAUUUUUUUAAUAUAAAAAGCGACAAUGAGUAACCAUUUAUCAUGAUUUUUUAAUACAAAAACCAAGACUAAAAAUUUACAAAUAAUGUUUCGUGCGAUUAUUAAUAGUUGUUUUCUCAAUUGAUUAAAGAAAGUAUAUUUUUUUGACUGCAUCUACUCAUGUCUUUUCAAACAGUAUCGAACAAUAUUUUUGGAAAAUAAAUAAAACUUUCGAAAAUGAAUUCAAUGACACUAUUUAAACAUGCAUCUAUACUUUGUUCAUUGUUUUAACAUUGAUGAAGAGUCGGAAAUCCGCUGAAAAUUCUUCUAUAGAAUUCCUAACAUUUUAAAUCAGUUUUCAUAGACAAAGAACUUUUAGUAGAAAAAUUUUUGAUUAUUGAAAACUUAACAAAAGUUAUUUGAAAUUUUCCAUUCGAAUAAAUCUGGUCAUCAAAUACUUCUAAGUCAUAUCUUGACAAUAGUAAAUACUUUCAAUUCAGAUUUACUUUCAGAAGUAUCUUACAUUCUUAAUUUUUUGAUCUGCACAACACCGAACAUAUUUCUUUUAAACUUCAUAAUUAGAAGACAAUCAUUUAUUUUCGUAUAAUUUCAGAAUGAAAGGUUUUGAAUAUCGAAAAACAUUUUCUUCUUUCCUAUUCGUUCUAUUCUCAAUUCGAAACUGUUUAUUUAUGCGAAAUAAUAAAAGAAAACAAACAAGAGAGUGUUGUAUCCUAUUCAUCACUGUUUCAUUGAUUGGGUUUUUAUAGGGCUUUCAUAUAAUUUCGUUAGUUCUACAUAUGUAUGUUCCUCAAUGAAAAGGUGCAACUAAGAAUUAGUUCGAAGCACAUUGAACCAACUCAAUAUGCUACACAGUUGCACCAAUGACAAACAAUGAUCACACAAAGUAAUCAUGAUGAUGAACCCUUGUCAUUUAUACACGUUCAAAUAAAAUAAAAUGAGUGAUAAUGUAACUAGUCUAUUCAUACACUGCUUAUUGACGAUUAGGAAACCAUUAUUUCUCUUUUUUGAACUUUCAGUAGUGCGUUAUGUUCAAAUCUAUAAUGAUCUUUGACAGACCUCAAUAUUCUUGAUGAUGCUAUACGAAAAUAUAAUUCAAGGAGGUACGGUUGUUUUAUACGUAUCUUGAGUGAAUUAUUAAAAUUAGAUUUGAAAAAUAGAGAGAAUUUCUUCUAAUACUUGGUUACUUAUUCAUAUGAUCAUUCCAUUAGGAAUAAUUUAAGGGAAACUGAUUGAAUAAGAACUAUACAAAAAUAUUUUUUCUGGUGACAUUCAGUCUUCUAUUUACAAAUCAAAAUCAAUAACAUCUUAUAGAGAUUGUUUUUGUUUGUAUUUAUAGCCCAAAAAUGGUACAUUCCAGUUUAUCAACGCAAAAGAUGACUCAAAACUGCCAUUCAGAGUACGAGAUCUAUUGGCAGUAUUUGGUAAUUAUCGUAUUCUGAAAAUACAGCUUGGUCGUACACCUGUUUCCAGUGGCAUUAUUAAAGUACUCAAUUUUUUGAGUGGUUCAAAGUUUUCCGAAAAACAACUUGAGCUUGGCUACGAUGAACUCUAUCACAGUUAUUUACUUAUUACUAUCCAAAAAAGAUCAGGACCGAAAGUACAACAAAAUUUGUUUGGAAAUAUGAGACAAUAUCCAGUUGCUAGUACUGUACUUAAACUUGAGAAAACACAACGUAUUGCUCUCGAUUUUUCAACGAUACCUGACGACUUCGUCGAUGUGUAUGAUAUUCCUCUCUCACCAAACAGAAUGUUGACGCUCAAUCAGUUAAUUUCUACAGCAUCAAAUGUUGAUAAGAAUUUUUAUAAAUAUGAUGUUGCUAAAAAUAAUACAUGUCAAACAUUUGUUGAAAAUAUUAUUAAAAUUAAUGGUUUAAUGCCCAAUAUUCGUGAUGAAGCAACAUUAAAUGCACUCAAGCCGCAAGAUGGGAAAAGCUUGAUUGCUGCGCUCGGGAAUCGAUCGAAUCUUGUGAAAACAGUAACCAAUUUAGGCAAGCAACUAGAUAAAUUAGUAUUCGAUCAUAAGAUUCGAUGGAAAAGGUCACUGCCAAAAGAGUGUUCUUCAUUGUCUAAAUUUAAUGAUGCUAAUUCUGAAACUAUUUACACCCUCUAUAAUGGGACUCUUCUACUGAAACAUAAUGGUAAGAAAAAAUCAUGA